AUGCCAGCAUCCAACAAGCCAACCUCCGUCGAGUCCAGGAUCUCUGAAAGAGAAGGCUUCCAAACAGUGGCAGACCAAGAUCGCCCCGCCUCAAGAGCAGGAAAGCGAAAGACAAAGAAUGCUGCUGUUAAACAGCUGUCGAGCCUCGAUCAUGCCGAAAAAGCAGCCGAGUCAAUGGGUCAAUCUCAACAACCCCCUAUCUCCUCAAACCCUCCGCCUUCCAUCCUGGGUCAACUACCCCAGGCAUUCCCUUCGAACAGAAGGAUCAGCCCGGUCGACGUUCUCAACGACGUGAACGCUUCCCAAAAGGUGUCCGAUGAGCACACUCCCCCAGCUGACCAUUGGGCUCGGAGUACAGUCCAUGGCAGGACCCCGCCUGUUGAACACAUCCCUGGUCUAAACACAGGCGGCUCUCCUCCUUAUGAGCCAGGCUUCAGUCACCGCGGCGUCUUCAACAGCAGGAGCCCUCCAAUCUCACCUCCGCUACGAAAGGCCCGUCCUGUCAGCUACAGCAGUGCUAUCCCUCCGCUCCCGACUCAUUCGAGAAUCUCGACCUCUCCGUAUGGCUACGGCAUGACUGCUUAUGGAUCUCCGCCUGCCCCGCCUCAUCUACCUCAACAACAUUUUUACGGGCCUCACGAUGUUGAUCUAGGUCUCCAUCCUCCCCAUACGCCUCUACCAGAACCAGUCCCAUUGAAAUUCGCUCGCCUUCCAGGAUCAGGAAACGAGUCUCGUGAGGCUGCUUUACUCGCUGUGGACGGUGAAUUGCACAUUGUGAGCUACAAUGGCGAGAAAACCGAACACAUAGGAGCGCUCAGCGGCGUGCAGGGUACCAUCCUUGACGCCGCACUGCUCACGUGGAAUACCGGCGAAACUCCCUUUGCGGAUUACAGGCCUCUGGUUGCACUCACAGUCUAUGGGCCCGGCGGGCCUGGACCUGGCCCCUUGGUUUCAGAAGACCGGGCCUUUCCAGGGCACCAUCAGACGCCCUUCGAGACGAAGGUAGUGGUAUAUUCAGUCGGCAAAUGCUGUGAGGUCGCCGAGCUGCUGAGAGUGCAGACAGCCGUGGAGAGCUUUCCCGGAGUACCUUCAAGCGUCAGCCACGCAGCAAACCUGAAAGUUUACUCGAGUGGCAACUUUGUUGUCGUGGCAUCCGUUGACAGUGGAGAGAUGUUUGUCUUCUCUAUUCGGCAAGGCAAGGACUCUGCAGUAUUUGAAUGCUUAGGCAAGUACUGGACUACGAUACAACCUCAACUCCACAGAAGGGACUCCUCGUCUCACGGACCAGGAUCGGAUGUAGAUGUUUCACCUGCUGAUCUUGGCCGUGGUCCGGAUAAUCAGAACCUUCCAAUUCUCAGUCUGAGCGGACGAUGGCUCGCUUUUUGUCCUGCAAGCACACCGUCACGAAGAUCUGUUGGGGCUGUUUUGGGCGAUCAUGUUAUCCAUAACAAAAACUCUAAUAUUACAGCUGGAACGGCGCCUUCGCGACCUUUGCCCAAUUGCGAUGUUGAGUCUCCUGAUGUCGACACAUUCCUCAGCAAAGUCGCCAAAGGCUUCGCUCAGGAGGCGGUAAGGGGCGCAAAAUGGAUCAGUGAAAAAGGAAUGCAGACGUGGCAGAGUUACUGGAAAAGGGACCCGACCAACCCUAACAUGCCAGCUGCUCCAUCCUCCAGCCCUCCAGUUUACUCUCCUCAGCUUGGCCUGACACAAUUUCCGCCUACUCAUGCCAUUGACCAACAAGGCGUGUCCAAGGACCCGGAUCUUGUCACAAUAAUAGACUUGAAGUUGCUCCAAGACAACCAAGGCCGAAAAGCAAUCUCUGAGUCCAGCCCGAUGGUCACAUUUCAACCACCGGGAGGUUGUAGCUUUCUGUCGUUUAUGCCUACAGGUCUCGGUAUUUUGACAGCCAACCGCAAAGGUGAUGUGCAGUACGUCUGGGAUUUGAUGCAGAUGAAGUAUGUCAUCGUUUCGACACCUUCGAAUCCUACCGAAAGCGGACGUGUGCGGCAAAUUGCACGCUACGAACGAUUGAGUCCCUCCUCGAUUGUCGAUGUUGCCUGGGACGGUUCUACUGGCUCCCGGUUUGCCAUUCUGACGAAGAAUCGAACUAUUCACCUGUUUGACCUGCCAAAAGGCGCUUUUCAAUGGCCGCCACCUCCGACCAAGAGGAAUCGGCCGACUUCAGCGCCGGCUGAUCCCCACCAGGUAAAGACAGACCAUGAUCCAGCGCCGCCCGGCGGCUUCUUUGCCUCCGCAAUGAGCAUUGCAGGUAGAACCCAGCCGAUGCUUGCAAGUUUACGUGGUAGAGCACCAAGUAUUAGCAGUGGGGUGGCUGGGAUGGCUCCGGCUGGUAUGGGGUUUGCCUCUACGACCAGUAUCAAAAGCGGCAGCAGAGCAGUGGCAGCGGGACUCAGCAAGUCUUUAGGUGCUGCUACCGAGACUGUUACCAGCAUACGACACGCGAAUCAAAGCAGGCUUCAUCUAAAGAUUCCAGCCCGAGUGGGCAUAUUUUGUUGGCUCCGACGUGAUGGGAAGUCAGUACUAUCUAUCCUGGACGAGAACAACAUCAAGAAUUACUAUGUGCGAAUGACAAAGCCUAGGGAGAACCGGCAGAUGGAAACGGUAUCGGUAUUCGAUGCACGCAGGGCUGUCGCAAUCAAGCUCCCUAAGGCUGCGGAACUCGCUGCAGACCUUCCGGUGCGGAAUCGCUCAGACGAAGCACAGGGGGACAGCGAUGCGACAUCUGCACUGCUCAGCUUCUGGAAAGUCCGAUCCACGAGAGAUGGAGGUUCCAGAACGCCACACCCGCUCGCUUCAGCCGAGAUCGAGACCAAUGCGCCGUACCAGCCUUUUCAUUCCGACCGCCGAGUUGCCAUCUCCUUAUUUCCAGAUAGGGUAAAGACCAAUCAUGGAGGCAUCUCGGCUGCGAGACCUGGCCAAGCUCCUGUUGCGGAGGCUGUUGGUUCGUCGAAUCAAAAGUGGGUUUUCGGCGACGAGGUUGUCUCGUAUGCACAGAAUAUCACCAGCCAACAAGCCGUAGACGAAGGCUCUAUUAUCUAUCGAGAAACUACGGUUUUCUCUGGUAGCACAUCCUUGGCCGCAGGUCCGACGGGACUGUUGGAUGACGAAAUACCACAAGCCGUCAGUAACACGAAAAAGAAGAAAGGCAAGAAAAACCGAAUGCAAGCCCGGUUGUUCGAACAUGACAAUACAAGCGAGAACAUGAUUGAUUUUGCAGCGCAGGAUGUCCCUUUUGAGCCCGACGAAGACUUGCUCCGAGGUGACAGUCCCCCCUGA